AUGAGUUUACGGGCUCGACUAAGAAAUAAAAUUAACGACGAGGGAUACCUGAUCUUAGACGGCGGAUUAGCAACAGAAUUGGAGGCUCAAGGUGCACAUUUACAGGGAGAUCCACUCUGGAGCGCCAGGUUGUUGCAUACCAACCCCCAAGCUGUCAAAGAUGUUCAUCACAGCUUCCUCCUGAGUGGUGCCAACAUCAUCACCAGCGCCACCUACCAGGCCACGAUUCAAGGUUUUAUCCAACACUUGGCCAUUGGCUCUAAUGCUGCCAAGGAGCUGCUCGCAUCCGGGUAUCAUCUCGCCAUUGAUGCGGUGAAGGCGUUCGGUUCUAGCAUGCCAGCGGCCCGCCCGGCCAUGGUGGCUGCUUCCAUAGGACCUUACGGAGCCUUUCUGCAUGAUGGCUCGGAGUACAGCGGCGUGUACGCCGAGAAAAUGAGCAUAGAGGAGUUGAAAGCUUGGCAUCGACCCCAACUGGAGUGUUUGGCAGCGGCUGGAGCGGACCUUUUUGCCCUGGAGACCAUACCGAGUGUUAAAGAAGCAGCAGCAAUGGUGGAAUUGCUUCGGGAAUUCCCAAACUGCGAUGCCUGGAUCUGUUUCUCUUGCAAGGAUGGGACCCGUGUGUCAGAUGGCAGCCUGUUUCGAGAUGCCGUCCGUGUGGCGGACAGGUCCACGCAGGUGCUUGCCGUGGGUGUCAAUUGUUGUCCUCCAAAGUGGGUGGAGUCGCUACUAGACUCUGUCACAGCUCUCAGGAACCCUGAUAGGAGAUGGGUGGUGUACCCCAACAGUGGAGAGGAGUGGGACACCCAUCACGGAUGGCAAACAUCAGUUGAAAUGUCAACGACCAUAGCGGCUCUUAGUGACACAUGGCUCAAGCAGGGGGCCGCUUUGAUUGGGGGUUGCUGCCGCGUUGAUCCGGAUCAAAUAGGCCAGCUGAGACGACACUUACGAGGACGUUGCCCAACAGACGACUUGGAAACGUAA